AUGGUCAGUUCUUACAAGAGAGGGCCUGAUGCACCCAGCAGGAGCUACCCACAGAAGUCUGGCAGAAGGUCCACUUUUUUAGGCUUUACCGAGGUCGUGGAAGUUACUUUUGUAUGACCGGCGGCAACAAGAAGGAGGACGAUCAGUUAAAAUAACCAGCACCAAACCACAGAAGGACAAAGUGUAAACAAGGUAAAUGUACACUCUGUACCUUUGUUACAGGCUGGUAGUUUAUCUGGGAAUUUACCCAAAUGGAGGGAGUUUACUAGUGAUCCAUGGAUCUUACAAACUGUCUCAGGUUAUCACCUUGAGUUUGAGACAACCCCUCAUCAAGUAAAUCUUCCAUAAAUUUAGUGAAAGGGACACUGCUUUAAUUGAGUCAGAGAUUAAAAGCUUAUUUUCAAGGGCGCUGUGACUAGGUGUCUCCUUGUGAUAAUGAAUUCAUUUCUACAGUCUGUUUGGUUCCCAAGAAGACCGGGGACGUUCGGCCAGUUAUAAACCUUAAGCCCUUAAAUCAAUUUGUCGAAAAGAUUCAUUUUAAGAUGGAGAAUAUCCGCAUGGCCUUGAAUUGUAUUUCUUCUGGGGACUUCAUGGUCUCUAUUGACUUAGCCUGCGUAGCAAGCGUUUCCCGUCAAAUUACAACGCGAAAGUUCAAGAGUGGGAGCAAAAAUAACAUGGAAGGGGGAGAGGAGAGGAGAAGAGGAAACGCUUGCUCGCAAACCCCACGAUUCUGGAAAAAGCCCCUUGAUAUUUCACGGUUCGGUUCAUUUGAAAUUGACAGCUUGUCAAGAUAGAUAACGAAUAGAUUACCAGAUUUGAAAAAAUAACUUUGUUCCCUAAAACACGCUCCACGCGAUUGCAAAACUGUAAUAAAAAGAAGCUUUACUAUAAAAGAAGNACCACAGAAGGACAAAGUGUAAACAAGGUAAAUGUACACUCUGUACCUUUGUUACAGGCUGGUAGUUUAUCUGGGAAUUUACCCAAAUGGAGGGAGUUUACUAGUGAUCCAUGGAUCUUACAAACUGUCUCAGGUUAUCACCUUGAGUUUGAGACAACCCCUCAUCAAGUAAAUCUUCCAUAAAUUUAGUGAAAGGGACACUGCUUUAAUUGAGUCAGAGAUUAAAAGCCUAUUUUCAAGGGCGCUGUGACUAGGUGUCUCCUUGUGAUAAUGAAUUCAUUUCUACAGUCUGUUUGGUUCCCAAGAAGACCGGGGACGUUCGGCCAGUUAUAAACCUUAAGCCCUUAAAUCAAUUUGUCGAAAAGAUUCAUUUUAAGAUGGAGAAUAUCCGCAUGGCCUUGAAUUGUAUUUCUUCUGGGGACUUCAUGGUCUCUAUUGACUUAGCCUGCGUAGCAAGCGUUUCCCGUCAAAUUACAACGCGAAAGUUCAAGAGUGGGAGCAAAAAUAACAUGGAAGGGGGAGGGGGAGAGGAGAAGAGGAAACGCUUGCUCGCAAACCCCACGAUUCUGGAAAACGCCCCUUGAUAUUUCACGGUUCGGUUCAUUUGAAAUUGACAGCUUGUCAAGAUAGAUAACGAAUAGAUUACCAGAUUUGAAAAAAUAACUUUGUUCCCUAAAACACGCUCCACGCGAUUGCAAAACUGUAAUAAAAAGAAGCUUUACUAUAAAAGAAGGUUGCAACUCUAAGCGAUUGCUGCGGAAUUUCUUGUUCUUUAUAGUUGAGUUAAAACUUUAACGUUAUGUGGCUUUAUCUUAUCUGAAACCUUGUCAAAACGUCGCAAAGAAAUGAUUUGUCCGGAACAAUUCACUCCGCCGGCUAUGAGUUUUGCAGAACAGCUGCUCUCCAUAGGCCAGCCAGUGUCGAAAAGUUCAGUACAAUACAUGCCGCUCAAUUUCCAAUCACUUGUCCAUGGCAGCUCUAGCUAGUGUCGAUGUUCUGAUUUACGUUGAUGUUAUCUCCAACAAACAGUCCAUUUUUUUCCAGUCAGAUACGCACCCCGUCAUUCCCAAUAAAUUGGCCUUCACUAGUCUCCACUGCUCGAUCUCCAAUUAUACUUUUGAUCGAAGGGACUCAGAUCUGAUAAACCUUCGCACAAACAUGAUUCAAAUAAAUAUCAGACCAAAGCAUUUGUAAUCUGCGACCACAAAUCAGAACAGACCAAAUCUCCCACGUACGUAAACAAAACAUACCUUGGCUCUNGAAAAGUUCAGUACAAUACAUGCCGCUCAAUUUCCAAUCACUUGUCCAUGGCAGCUCUAGCUAGUGUCGAUGUUCUGAUUUACGUUGAUGUUAUCUCCAACAAACAGUCCAUUUUUUUCCAGUCAGAUACGCACCCCGUCAUUCCCAAUAAAUUGGCCUUCACUAGUCUCCACUGCUCGAUCUCCAAUUAUACUUUUGAUCGAAGGGACUCAGAUCUGAUAAACCUUCGCACAAACAUGAUUCAAAUAAAUAUCAGACCAAAGCAUUUGUAAUCUGCGACCACAAAUCAGAACAGACCAAAUCUCCCACGUACGUAAACAAAACAUACCUUGGCUCUCAUCCCAACUUUCUCGACGAACUCGCGCGGAAACGCUUGCUAUCCAGGCUACUAUUGACCUUAAGGAUGCUUAUUUCAGUCAGGUACCUAUUUUUCAGCCCCAUCGUAAAUACUUACGUUUUCUUUGUAAUUUCAAGUGUUAUAAGUUUACUUGCUUACUUUUUGGGAACAGCCUUGCACCCAGGGUUUUCACUAAGAUUUUUAAGCCUUCUUAUAGCAUAUUUUAGAUUUCUUGGCUUCAGGGUUAUUAUUUUCGUUGAUGAUUUCAUACUUAUUGCAAGCUCAUUUGAUGAGUGUUUACAGCAACUUGAGGUCUUAAAAUAAACUCUUUGUGAGUUGGGCUUUACUUUCAAUGUUGAGAAAUCUCAGCUAGUUCCUGUCAAUGAGAUCCUUUAUUUGGGUUUCAUAAUGAAUUCCAUAGCAAUGAGAUUGCAGUUGCCGGCGGUUAAGUUAGAGAAAAUAGCCUCGGCCUGUAAAGCCCUUUUAGCUAAGAAUCAACGUAGUGUUAGGGAUGUUGCUAAACUAACUGGGCUGUUAGUUUCUGCACUUCCGGCUGUGAAUUAUCUAGAGAUGCAUUACCGUUCCUAAGAGUUAUGCAAGACUCAGACUUUGUCUGGAAGCCUUGAUUAUGACAAGACACUCUCUUUAAGCUCUCAAGCUCGUUUUGACUUGUAAUGGGUCAUUGAGAAUAUUACCCAGUGCAAUGGUAGACUUUUUCAGGUUCCGAAAUUGAUAUUUACAUCCAGAGUGAUGCAAGUUUGAUUGGUUGGGAAGCCGUGACUGGUAGUCUGUCUGCAUCUGGCCGAUGGUCUCAAAGUGAAUGCAAACAUCAUAUUAAUUAACUGGAAUUUCUAGCAUCAUUUCAUGGUCUCCAGUGUUUUGUGUUUAACUCAAGAUCCAUUCAUGUUAGACUUGCAGUUGACAAUUCCACUGCAGUGGCCUAUAUUAAUAAUAUGGGGGGUGUACGAUCCCCCUUAUUAGAUUCAUUGUCCAGAAGUAUUUGGGAAUGGUGCAAGUUGAGGGAUGUUUUCGUUCCUGUUCAGCACAUCCCAGGGAAGGUUAAUACUCAGGCCGAUACCUUAUUCAGGAAAAUCUCCUCUAAUUUGGAGUGGUCCUUAAAUGGUUGUGAGGUUUUUCAGGAAAUUAUUUCUCAAACCUUUAUUCCUGAGAUUGACCCUCUUGGCAUCUAGGCUUAAUACCAAAACUGUAAAGUUUAUCUCCUGGCACCCACAGCCAGGUGCAGUGGCUAUAAAUGCCUUUUCUUUGAGCUGGGCUAAUGAAUUGUUAUGCCUUUCCUCCUUUUAGUUUGCUACCACGAGUACUAGCCAAGGUUCGCUACGACAAAGCCUUAGUUUUGUUAAUUGCACUGGUAUGGCCUACCCAGAGUUGGUAUCCACUUCUGUUACAGUUGUCAACAGUCCAGCUAAUCUUGUUGCCUCUUCUAGACAACUGGCCUCCUGAACUGAACUGAACUUGGCUGCUUGGAAGUUAUCAGGAAAACUCUGUCAAAAAAGGGAUUUUCAAUUAAAAGCAAGCAGUUGACAUCACCUGUGCAUCUUGGACAGCAGGCACUGAGAAACAGUACAAGGGAGCGUGGGACAAGUGGUCUGGUCGCUAUCUUAAACGGCAAAUUGAUUCACUUCAAGCUUCUGUCAUCCAGCAGGUUGUAGAGUUCUUAACUGCUUGUUAUCAUGAAGGAAAAGGAUACAGUACCAUUAACACUUACCGUUCUGCACUAUCUACAACGCUUUGUUCCAUGAAUGAUGAUCGAGAUUCUCUUGGUUUACAUCCUUUAAUAGCGAGAUUACUCAAGGGAGUUUAUAUUCUCAUUCUCAUCAAUGGCUAG